CUCCGUAUUCUCCUAUUGAUUUCUAGGCAACAUGGUGGAAGCCUUGUUAUUUCACGGUGAUGGAGGGGAGAGAGUGGCUAAAAGACACCGCUCGGCGACACUGCUAGAUCUUGAUAUCCUCGAUUGUCCUAUUUGCUGUGAAGCAUUGACGACUCCUAUCUUCCAGUGUGAUAAUGGACAUUUAGCUUGCUCUUCUUGCUGUCCCAAACUGAGGAACAAGUGCCCUUCAUGUGCUUUCCCUGUUGGCCACAAUCGAUGUAGAGCAGUGGAGAGUAUUCUUGAAUCGACCUUGGUCCCAUGCCCAAACGAAAUGUUUGGUUGCACCAAGACUUGCUUUUAUGGUAAAGAAUCAGCUCAUGAAAAAGAAUGCAUCUUCUCUCAAUGCUCAUGCCCUUCACGGGACUGCGAUUACAUUGGCUCAUACAAGGAUCUCUACGCUCACUAUGAACUGACUCACUCCUCAAAUUUUUCCUGGGGUAUUAGUUGUGGCAUUACCUAUACGGCCGUGAUGUUCAUCAAUGAUGAGAUACGAAUUAAAAGGGUACAUGAGAAGAAACUAUUGUUUGCAGUGCAGUGUUUUUGGAAGCCGUGUGGUGUGUGUGUAACCGUAAGCUGCAUUGCACCAUCUGCUCCAGAAGUAGGACAGUUCUCAUAUCGUCUCUCAUACACUAAGAAUGGACAAACUGUGAUUUAUGAAUCACCGGAGGUGAAGAAGGUUCGUAAAGUGAGUUUUGAAACCCCUCAAGAGAAUUUCAUGUUGAUCCCUCACAACUUAUUAUUUCGUAGUGGCUUGUUGGUGAUUGAGUUUUGUAUCGUCGACAAGUUGAACCAAGAGUAAGAAGGUUGAGGUAAUAUAGAAGGAAGGUCAUUCUAUUUGAUUGUAACACAUUUGGUUUUGCACUUAGUGUGAUAAUGGACAUUUAUUGGAAUCGACCAACAAAACAUUUAACAGUUUUUCAAUCUUAUAACUUCUAAUAUAUACUCCGUUCUUCA